UGGCCGCGGGGCUAAAGGUAAGGUGGGGGCAGCUCGGUCAUUUCCCCGUCCAUGAUCCACCCUGACACGGUGAGUUGGCGCGUCACGUUGGUAAAAAUGUCAAUGUAAAAAAUGUUGCUUCGAUUAUGCAGAGCAUUCGUAAAAUGGCAAAAAUAUUACUUCGAUUAUGCAGAGAUGAGAGAUGGUAAAUACGUAGGUAGUACGUUCGUAACCCCCGACCCAAAGAACCAUGUCGAACCGACCCAAAGAACCAUGUCGAUGAAGCAAGGUUCUGCUGCUGGUUUCGAGCGCAAACCCUGAACCCUCUUCUUGUCAGGUUCUGGUUAUUUUUCUGCUCAAUCCCAAGCGACGGCAGGGGAAUAUUCUCCGCUACGGCUUACUGCUAUUUUACACAGAAUUUGGCUUGUUUUCGUUGAGAGCGAGAUCCCCAUCACUCCAGAUCACUAGUGCCUGCACGCGCUGCGCCCUGAUUUCUUCUUCUCCAGGUACGCUUCUGCUCGUUCGUAACCCUCCAUCGGCUGCCGCAUUUUCUCCAUUCCACAUAUUCAUGGGGGUGUAUGCCGAGCUCGGAGCUUUGGGUGGGCGGAGUAGCGCGUGGUGUGAUAGGGUGGGAUACUCGGCUCGCUUCUGUUCCGUCAAAAAUUUCUUGCAAGAUUCGCCAAUCCGGGGGUGGGAUUAGUGGCAAAGAUUCGGUCUUUCAGUAGUCCGCGUUGGAAUCAUGCCAAGAUUUGCUCUCCUACUGUGAACUUAACGCGUUUGGCCCUGGAAGACUACCAGGUCCGAAUUAGAAUACCAGAUUUGGGAAGAUUCUGACUCGGGAGGGAUGCGAUCUUUUACAAUUUUUUUAAUUUUGAGCGCAUUAUCUCACAGAGUUUGUGAGGUCACCUUAUUAGAGCAACUCCAAAAGAAUCUGUAUCGUACCCCUAAUACCUUGUUUAGGGAGAAAAAAAAAGAAAAAAAGACUCCAACAGCUCCCCCAAAACUUCCCAAAGUUAUUUGCGAUGCUAAAACAGAGCGCAUAUUUGCGCGACAUCCUUCCUCCCCCAAUCGCCAAGAGUACCCAAUUAUGCGCAAAUAUGCGCGGUGACGGGCUCUAUUUUAGCGUCGCGAAUAACUUGGGGAAGUUUUGGGGGAGCUGUUGGAGUCCUUUUUUUUCUCCCUAAGCAAGGUAUUAGGGGUAGGAUACAAAUUCUUUUGGAGUUGCUCUAAGCCCGUUGUUCUGCAAGGUCCAGUUCUGUGUGUAUCUUCAGAGUUAGCUGGGCUGUAGAUUCAGUAGCAUUUUCCUUAAAAUUGAUACAGCCAUACAGAUUUACAUGUUUCUGUAAUUACUUGGUGAUUGUUGUGUUUGAUCUUUGUGUUACCUUUGCAAUGGUAAUUACUGAUGGAAGCCAAGUACUGAAGUCAGCUUCUUUCGUAGAACAUUAUUUCGAUCAGUGCAUAGCACGUUGAUUGAGUCCUGAGGUGCAGGAUGGAAAUUCUGAUAUAUAUCUCACUUGUUGUGCUUCUUGGUCUGGGAGCCCUGUUUGUUAUUCCAAGGUCUAACUGCAAAGGUAAAGGAGAUGCAGCGCAUCUAGCAGGCAGUGGAAAGAUAUCUAGAAGCUAUACCAAGAAAGAGGUAUCAACUCACAACACAAGGAAGGAUUGUUGGAUAAUAAUCAAAGAUAAGGUUUACAAUGUCACUGCAUAUGUGGAAGAGCACCCAGGUGGUGAUGCCAUCCUAAACAAUGCUGGAGAUGAUUCAACAGAGGGAUUUUUUGGAUAAAUGUAUGCCUCGACGCGUUUUCAGCCCACAACAUGGCACAAGAGUAUUCGACAUCAUUGAAGAUUUCUGCAUCGGCGAAUUGAGGGACUGAUGAUAAAGAGGAGAGGCUGUCGAUGAUUCAUGUGUGAACGCAUGCUCUCUUCCACAGUUCAUGACAACGAUGAGAGGGAGUGAAACUGUUUCCUAGUAGUGAUGAGGACUACUCCCAGCUUUGUGGUUUUGAUUUCAUAUUGACUUGGUACUUUUACCAUAGCAGUGUUUGAACAUGGACCUUCGAUGAUUUCUAGACGUUUUGUUAGCUUUAUCACUUUGUGAGAAGAUAUGCUUUUGUAGAUCUUUGGAACUUUCUCAGACCGGACGACUUAUUCUGCCAACCUUCAUAUUGAUGUUUAGCAUGACAAUGAAAGGCAUUUGCUCA